AUGGUUCAUGACGCCCGCGCCAGGCCUCCCGAAUAUUUGCGAGAGCUUUUCAAACAAUGGCGGAAUCGGCCUGUAGCAGAAAUUGAGGCUGAUCAGCAGAUCAUUGACCCACGAACCCCAGAAGUCAACAGUGUCUCAGCACUAGUGGAGUCUGAAGUCCUUAGUCAGAGCGACUUCGACUUUUCGAUAUCGAAUUGUCUCUACAGUGCCACAGACGACCUCACACUGGAGGUCCGAGGAGAUACAUUGCCGCCACGUAUAGCCUUCGAGGUGAACGGAUUACCUGGUCUUUGGGUAUUUCCUUCCCUCUUACCUCCUCGAGUUCAGAUUGAUUUGCUGAACAAGCUACUUCAUCGUGAUCUCUCCAAUCCCACGCACAAGACUAAUCUCAACCACCACCAUCAUAUCUCCUACCCGCGGAGCAUUGAUGGUCCGUCCGUCUCCUCUUUCUUCGCAGCAGACCCCAACACGAUGCACUACCCAAAGGAUUCCGUAAUCCACAAGCCUAUCACCUCAGCGCAGAUGCUUGAAACUAAAUUGCGAUGGAUGACUUUGGGUGGUCAGUAUGACUGGACGAACAAAAUCUAUCCCGCGGGCGAAUCACCGCCGUUUCCCGACGACAUAGCCGCUCUCUUGAGGAAAUUAUUUCCAAAAGUUGUCGCCCAGGCCGCCAUUGUCAACUUCUACAGCCCCGGAGAUACACUGAGUGUGCACCGAGAUGUCAGUGAGGCAUCCGAAAACAGCCUCAUCAGCAUCAGUUUUGGUUGCGAUGGGCUCUUUCUUGUGGGAGGCGAAGACGAGGCUAACGCUGCCGUCAUUCGGUUGAGGUCGGGAGAUGCCAUUCUCAUGUCUGGAAGAUCCAGAUAUGCCUGGCAUGGCGUGCCAAAGAUUCUCCCGGAUACAUGUCCGGCCUGGCUGCAAAAUUGGCCAGCUAUAGCGGACGCUGGACCAUACCAGCAUUCGCGAGGCUGGAUAAGCAGAAAGAGAAUCAAUCUCAACGUCCGUCAGAUGACCGACUAA